GGCUGGUUUGCAGGUGGUCAAGAUGAUUUCUCCAUUGUGGCUGGUGGGGGCAAUAUGCUUUCUAACGUUGCUACCAGUUUGGCUGGAAGCAAAGUCUCUUCUGAAUACUAUCAAGCAGGAAGAAAUGAGCCCUGUUAGUGAUGUGAGUAUUGAUUCGGACAAGGCUCAUGGCUUCCUGACUCACUCGCGACCAAAGCGCAAUGUGGAACCCAGGUGGUACAGAGGCAACCCCGACUUCCAGGCUUACUACCGCUACUACAAUAGCAUUGGACACACAGAGGGGCUGUAUGAGAUUGACCGGAUCAGGCUGCUGUACCAGCAGAUGAGGCAGCUGGAGCAUGUAUACGGCCCCAACGCCUCACACUUCCAGAACAAACUGGGAGUACCCACCAUCAAGAAGUGUGACCCGGCCAUGGACAAAAAAUGCAAAGCCCUACCCCCUCCCCCUCCUUCCCCAAUAAAAAGCACAUCUCAACCCCCUCCUGCUCCUGCCAUCUCCCAGGCUGACGUCAUGUACCUGUGCAAUGCCAAGGACCCCCUCUGCAAGCCCCAUAUUGUCUACCUCCCCACCGGGGCAUUGCCCGUACUGUGCGACCCCCGCUACCACCCCUCCUGCAACCUCCGCAAGCUCCCUCCUCCACCACCACCCCCAAUGCUUAAAAAAUCUGCCCCACAACUACCACCAACCGCCCCAAAAAAGUCAUCUCCCCCUCCGGCCCCCAUCCACACCUACAAGGGCAUGGAGUAUGACUGCAAUCCCUACUGGGACCCAGACUGCCUGAUAGACCACCCACCCAGACCAUUCCAUGGCAAAGCUGGCCCACCCCCUCCUCCCGUUGAGGAGGAACCAGUUGAGGCCUCGCCACCCCCUGCAGCCAGCAACAAGAAAGUGGCCCAUCCCUAUCCCUACUAUGGCUACCCCUAUAACUAUAACUAUGGGCAUGAACUCUAUGAUCCAGUCCGCUUCCAGUACCCCUCACCACCUUAUGAUUCCCCUGAUGAUAGUGGUUAGUGACUAGCUCAUCAAAGCUCUAAAGGCAGCUUUACUUACGCCUCAAGUGUUUUGGCAAUAAUGGAAGAAGAGUUGUUUUCCCCUGAAGAUGUAGAUUUAGAAGGACGAAGCAGCAGAGACCAUAAUUAUAGGUAUUUGAGCUAUAAAGCAUGUAACCGUCUUAUCAAUGUGCUGGUGACGCUGUUAUGGGCAGGAGAGCAAACCUAAUUGUUCAGCAAUGACCUGCAGGAGAGUGAUGCUAUAUUACAAUGAUUGGAAAUAUUACGAUGAUAAGACUGAUUUAUUACUGUCCAAUGGGCCAUUGUCUAUUCAGCAUCCCAAAUCAUUAUUCAAUUACACAAUUUUCAUAGCAAAAAAAAUACAGUAAAUAUUGACUCAUUAUGAAAAAUAAACUUUUAAAAAACUGUC